CUUUUAGUGACCAAUUAAAUAUUUCUUCCUGUCUCUGGUGAGGCGCAAUGCUACUGCCUUAUUGUGGUAGAUUGUUGGUGUUAGAUGCUGGUCUUAUGUCAUUAUCCAAAGCAGGCAUAUCCUUAAAACCUGUUCAAGCGUUCUGAUCAAUCUCUCUUCUAUCUCUACAGAUAACUCUUGCUAUAUCACCGCUCGAAGGCUUAGAGCAAAGAUUGUUGAAAUAAAUAGAGUACUUCUUUCUCUUUUUCUUCCUUUUCAAGUCGUUUUUAAAUUCUGCAAGGUCUGCAUCUGGAUGAUCUCCUAUUUCAUCAGUUGUCUUAAUAAGGUCUUCCUGGUCUGAAUCAUCACUAUGAAGACUUUUUAGAUUAAAUCUAGUUUUUAGGAAUCAUGGAAAUGAAGUAUUGAUUGAUCAAUUAUAAUAAGACAAGAGUGUAAAGUCUCUCUUGUCUUUUCAUCUCAAUUAUACAGCCCUAGACAUAAGUCUUUGCUAUUAAGCUAUCCUUUGUUUAAAAGUAAGGUUAUUUCCCAAAUCCUGACCCAAAAGACCCAUCUGGAGUACUCUGACUAUUUUCUAUAUGUAAAAUCUUUCUCAAAAAGACAGUGAACAAAGGUUAUUCCAAAAACCGACUGUUUUCUAGGACCAUUGCACUUUCAAAUAUUCAGUUCAUUUAUAAUAAUCUAA